AUCGAGCAUCCCCGCCCAUAGAAAUAUUUGACCCUUCCUCUCACGAGGCUUAUACAAUUCAAACAUUUGGUUUGCCCUUCAAAGAGGAUACCACAGCAUCUACCAGCUGUUUGUAUGUCUGCAAGGCUCACGCAUCUUGCCAAGCAUCUAGUCACCAUGGCUGCCCCCAAGAGCGACAUUCACCUUUACACUCUCGGCACGCCGAACGGCAUCAAAGUCUCCAUUCUGUUGGAGGAACUUGGCCUGCCUUAUAAGGUCACCAGGAUUGACAUUAGCAAGAACAUCCAAAAGGAGCCGUGGUUCUUGGAAAUCAACCCAAACGGCCGCAUCCCAGCCAUCACGGACACGUUCGAUGAUGGAAAGCCGAUCCGUGUCUUCGAGAGCGGCAGCAUUAUGCAAUACCUCGUGGAACGGUACGACAAGGAUCAUAAAGUCUCAUACCCCUACGGCUCUCGCGAGUAUUGGGAAGUCAACAACUGGUUGAUGUGGCAGAUGGGCGGCCUGGGUCCCAUGCAAGGACAGGCUAACCACUUCAAUCGCUAUGCCCCUGAGAAGAUCCAGUAUGGAAUCGAUCGCUAUGUCAAUGAGACGCGGCGCCUUUACCGCACCCUCGACACUCAUCUCCAGAAUUCUCCUUCGGGAUAUAUCGUCGGUGAUCGCGUGACCGUGGCCGAUAUCUCUUGCUGGGGAUGGGUUGCCUCCGCCCAUUGGUCUGGCAUUGACAUCGAGGAGUUCCCCACCCUCAAGACUUGGCUGUAUAAGCUCCUUGAGCGGCCCGGUUUCGAGAAGGGCCGCCAUGUGCCAGACAGGCAUACGGCCUUUGAGCAGAAAAAGCUGAGCCCCGAAGAUAUGGAGAAACAGGCUGCGGCAGCGCGCGCUUGGGUUCAGAGCGGAAUGAAGGAGGACGCGCGGAAGAAAUGAAACAGAGGACUGGCCAGUGUGGGGAAUGAGUUGAAAUGUGAUGGAUGGUCAAAGUAGAGAGAGUAUGGGUAGUUCCCACGUCUGAAGAGACAAGUCACAAAUCGAAAUCAAUCGACG